UCUCACUCCUGUGGAGUCUCAUGUAGCGUUUGUUCGUUGGUCCCACAUAUCUCAUUUAUAUUCAUCAUCAAAUACCAGCUUAUUAAUUCCAUCCAGUCAAUCAGUUACCACCAAGCAUCGAUACGAGUGUCAUAAUCGUUCGAGAACCAUCAACAUCGGCUUCAACGAGUCAGAUAAUAAAUCUCGAUCUUGGAAUUCUCGAUAACCAGUACAACGACACUGCUAGGUCGUUGACCAUCAAUGUGCUAGCAUCAAAUCACUCAAACCGAAUAAUAACAGUCAUUGGAUUAAUUUUAAAUUGUUAAAUACGUGAGAUAUCUUGGAUAUUUUACUCGUCAGUGCUACCUGAAGAUAUCCGGAGGAAUUUAUUGCUGUUGCGACGCAGCUGUUCAGGAUUGUGCCAAAAAGAAAAAAUUCGAGAUUGAAAAAUGGAGGGAGCCCUGACGGAAUUCGAGGAGAGUCUGUCAUUCGACGUGGAUGAUCCAGAUUUUGCACCAAAUAGCAUCUUUAAAGGAACAAGGACUCAAGCUGCCUUAGACCUUUACAUCCCUGGAAUGACUGUCUCCAUGACGAAACUUGACGUGUCAAACCAAGUUGCUAGCAUGUCUGUGACAUCAGUUCAAACCACCACCGAGAGUCUCUCUCGUCACGGGAGCAACAUUUCUCUGUCGCACCACAGUCUGGCUGGAAGUGUGGACGAUGGACUUCAAGAUUCUCAUCCUCAAUACCAGGACACUAUUCUAACAAUUGAGGAACUUCGGGCUCAGUUGAAUUCCUGCUUUACAUGCGGUGUAUCGUGGAGUGAGGAGCACGUGUCUCUUGACUGCAGUGAAUGUGGUGGCUAUUCACUCCAGCGGCCAUGUCCACUCUGCGAUGGGCGGUGUCACACCUCCUGGAAACGUGAUCUCACCAUGUCUCAUGCUAGUGGCAAAGCACGAUGGAUUGGUGAGUGCGGUCUGAGCUGUGGUCCCUCACUCGAUGAGAGCCUGGUGCCAGCCCUUGAGAAAUUACGCGCCACCUCGUGAACUGGUGGUGGUCAACGGCAGUGUCUUGAUGAGCUUAGACGCGCUUAAUAAAAAUGCACAAGACUUAAAAGCAGAAAAAACAUCGCCAUCCAUUAUCGUGUCACAAUUUCAUUGACAUUUAAAAUUAAAUUCAUUGGUAUAUGUGGGACUUUAGGAAUGAAUGCUGUAAGUGGUUACGGUGUAACCAACGAGGUCUGAGGAAUUUCCUUUCAUUCUCAUUAAUCUGAUAUGAUGGAAAAUUAGGAGAAAAUAAAACGGCUGUUGCGCAUAUUGAAUUUACUACCUGUGAUUGUGUGUAGAUAGAUUUAUCAGAAUUAAUUGUACAACACAUGGAAAAAUUCACCAACAAUUGCGCAGUUGGUUUAGGAAAAUUAUGAAUUUUUCACCCAUGAAUUGCUCGGUAAUUGAAUGUCGUUCGACGAAAUAUUGACAUCACGAGGAAUGCAAAUGUCUUCGAAAAAUUCAUCGAGACGUGACACAGUCGUGACUAGAGAUGACGUAAUUCAUUGUAAAGUAAAUACUAGAUCGUAUCACGUUGUUGAACAUUUACGGAACAGCUGUUGAGAGUGAAUCAUUGAGGAGAAAAAUCAUGCUGGGAUCAUUAGGAUAUUCAAUGGGAUAACUCAUUGAUGAAUUCACAUACUUUACGAGUUGUGAAAAUGAAUACUCGUUAUGAAAGACUUGGUAUUUGAAUAAAAAUCUUAGCCAAUUCUAGUUUAAUUAUUGCUGUCAAAAUUUUAUGAUAAUGAUUCAACGUACUUUUGACUGACUGGAAUUAGACUAAUGAAUUAUUCGAUACACUUGAAAUACGUGAAAAUAAAGCUCACCUCCAGUAAUGUAUGUUUUUUGUAUGCCAGGAAAUUGAAAUAUUUUUUAAAAAUGUAUCAACCGUAUUCACGAAACUUUAUCCUCAUCUAAGUUAACGUAUCACUAAUCAGUAAGUUAAUUUUCUUUUUCUAAAGUAUUAAAACUGAAAUUGCAAGGUUUUAAUUAUUAGUGUGCUUUGGGUAACACUGAUCUUUCGUUGUAAUUUAUAUUUAAUUAUGCAGACGUUUUUGUAAAAUUAUUAUUUAUGAUUUAUUAAAGGAUGAACGAUAAAUUAAA